AACGUCAUUUCAAGAGACGAGAUGUAUUUCCUGAUACUUUUCUUAAACAUUUUGUGCGCGAUUCAAACAAUAUUUGCCUUAUGUUCCGAAGAUGGGUCAUGUUGCAAGAACUUUGAAUGUGAUUACAAUAUACUGCAGAAGUUGAUUCAACUUGAGGAGAAAUCUUCUCAACAAAACAAGCAAAUAGCAUCACUGCUUCGAGAACUCAACGAUGCCAAGGAUAAGCUAUCUGUUUUGAACAACACACUUUCAAUGCAACACAAAUCUGCUGACGGGGGCACUUACACUCGUUGGGGACGAACGGAGUGUCCGGCUUCGGCUGAACUGGUUUAUAAGGGUUAUGCGGCUGGAUCCCACUAUACCCACCAUGGUACGGCAUCAAAUCUUUUGUGUCUUCCAGAGGAUCCUAUUUAUCAAACAUUCACAGCAGGGUUCCAGGUAGGAGGAAGAGUUUAUGGGGCGGAAUACGAAACAAGCGAUCAACCUCUAUGGCGUCAUCUUCACGAUCACGAAGUUCCGUGUGCCGUCUGCCAAAUUCCACGCAAAAACAUUCUUAUGGUUCCCGGUAAAAAUGUUUGUCACAAAAACUACUUACUUGAAUACAAAGGGUAUUUGAUGGCAGAGCACUAUGCCCAUAAUGCUGCAUCAGAAUUCGUUUGUGUCGAUGAAAACCCAGAAGUCUUACCAGGCGGCCAUGGUAGUCAAAAUGGAAAGUUGUUUUAUUUUGUUCAAGGGCAAUGUGGGUCUCUAAAAUGUGGUCCAUAUAAGGACGGAUUGGAGCUUACAUGUGCCGUUUGUUCUUUCCUACCGUAUGCCAACUCAACAACUCUUAAACCGUAUAUUUAAUAU